GGAAAACACGUAUAUUUACAGAGAUCCUACCUUGUAGACCGAAGAUAAAUUAAAAAUCUCGUUAAUUGUUGACAAUAGCCAUUUGAUUAUCAUAGAUAAGAUAUCUCGGGAGAAGCAUAUUUUAAGAGAUCUCUUUUCUCUAUCUUCCUCUUCCGAGGGGCGUUCAACAUGAUCAGAAUUGUUUUAUUCGCAAUUAUACUAUCUGGCCUUUUACAUAUGGUUUCCUCGCGAGAGGAGAGUCUAUGGUGUUACGAUUGCAAUACGGAUUUAAAGCACAGACAUAAAAGAGAUUGCAACGAUCCUUACACACCGGGCGAUUUGGUCGCCUGUCCUCGAAAUGAAUCUCAUCAUUGCCACAAAAGUAUCAUAUUAUAUAGAAAUAUUUUAGUGACGGUACGAGCCUGCGUAUUAUCGCGCCAAAUCAACGAAUACUGCAACCAUGAAGAUAGUUUCCCGCAUUCGAGCAUCGAGUGUUACUUUUGCAAACAGAACGCCUGUAACGGUAAAGCAUCAUUCGGCUUAGUGUCAUCAAAAUGGUCAGGUGAUCUUGGAUGGAUUGUAAUUAUUUUGUUGUGGAUGUUAACAUAGUGAACACGUGCGGAUAAUAAAAAUUGAUGAUAAAACUCAUGACAAAGUUCAAUUAUACUUACGUAAUUGUGUAAGAACAAUUUCUAAAAUAUUUAUUUUUACUUGGAUAUAUCCGCGCGUCCGAUAAAGCCAGUUACUUUUUUGAAAUAAUUUUGACUACAAAGAAAUCAUAAAAUAUGUAGAAGAAAUGCUUGAAAAUAUAAAUAUUCUUUAAUAUGAUGAAAUAUAAUGGGUAAAUCUUGUAUAAAAAUGUGAUUCAUGCAAAUAUAACUUAAUUGGGCAA